AGAAAUUCAGACUGAAGUUGCAAGAAAAACAUCUAAAAAGAGCUGUCAGCAACAGCCACCAGAACCAAAGAAGAAGAAAGCAGUUGUGAAAAGAAAGUCAAUAAGUGAAAUGUCUGAAGUGGAAAUUCAUGUCUGUGAUGAAGCAAACAAAAUGAAAAAGGAUUUUAAAUGUUCCCAGAAUCUUCUCAUUUCCAAAAUGGAGUAUUUUGCAGAGUUGGCAAGAGGUCAGAACUUGGAGAAUAUGGACAUAACAGUUCACUGUGAUAUAGGAAUAUUUGAAUGGCUCAUGAAAUGGGUGAAGAAAAGUGCAAAUGUAGAUGGGAUACCCCUGAAAGUGGAUGCGGAAAACGUUGUGCCUCUUGUGGUGUCCGCUGAAUUCUUUCAAAUGGCACCCUUAUUUGAGGACUGUCUGGUAUUCUUUCGCCACAACAUUACUGAAAUUUUGGAGAAAUCUACUAAACUACACUAUUUAAAUGACAACAUAAUCUCAAGGCUGGCUGAGAUGUUUUCAAACACAGAACUGGAGGAACUGAAUGAUCCAAAGGGGAAGUUAAAGAACAAACUAUUCUGCAAAUUGAUAGCUACAUUAGCAGCACCAACUCCCGAUAUGGCUCGUGGACACUUUGCCAGCCUGGCAAAUCUGUACAAGUGUGUGAGCUGCGGCAAACUCAUGCAGUGGCACUUCUCUGAUAAGGUUCCAUGUCACCCCAAGAAUGUGCAUGUUGAUAUCUGUGGUAAAACUGAGAGCAGGCAUGUCAGUUACAGUGGCUAUUUCCCAGGGACACAAGCUGGAGCCUCAGUGAGCACGUGA